AUGCUAUUGGGAUGGAUUGUAGGAGGAGAAAUCAUCGACACUCGACUGAAGGCUCCGCGAUUCUGUGGUCUCGUCACAAACGCAGCAUUGCAACAACAGCUCGAGAAAUUUUGGAAUCAGGAAGAAACGCGCGAAACCCGCUGUCUAACCAAGGACAAAUCGGAUUGUGAACGGCAGUUCAUGGAGUCGGUAAGAAGAGAUAGCACGGGACGAUUCAUUGUGGCAUUGCCGAAGAAAUUUGAAGUGAUUUUAGGAGAUUCAGAGAAUCAAGCAUUGAGAAGAUUGUACUCGCUCAAAAGACGCUUUAAGGCAAACCCGGAAAUCAAGAAGGAAUAUACAAAAUUCAUGCAAGAGUACGAGGAGCAAGGACACAUGUCUCAGAUAUCGGACGGCGCAUCCUUAAGCCCAAAGGAAACGUACAUUCUACCGCAUCAGCCGGUAAUUAGACCGGACAGUAUGACGACGAAGUUACGAGUUGUAUUCGAUGCCUCGGCGAAAACUUCGAACGGAACGGCCUUGAACGAUAAAUUAAUGGUCGGACCCAAUCUGCAAAGGGAUUUAUACGAUAUAAUCUUGAGGUUCAGAGCUCACGAGUUUGUCAUCACGGUAGAUAUUGCAGCGAUGUUCCGACAAAUCAUGGUUCAGGAACAAGAUCGAGACCUGCAGAGAAUCCUGUGGAGAGUGGAUCAAGCGAAGCCGAUUCAAACGUAUCGCCUUAAUACAGUAACGUACAACAUCAGCACCUUACCUGGCGAUCAGGUGUCUGAGACAGUUGGCAACAGACGAAAAGGAGUUUCCACAGGCAUCACGGGCACUUCGCAAGGAUUUCUAUAUGGAUGA